AUGGUCAGGAGGGAGAAGGCAGAGGAGGAGGAAGUCGACUCUGUGUACAACGAAGUCCAAUACCCCAGCAGACGCAGAGAAGAAAGCGGUUAUCGGGGGAGGAAGGCCGGCCUGUCGUCACGACAGGGCCAAGAUGGUGAGUGUGAAGUCGAAGUCAAAGUAGAAGUUGAAGUCGAGGAAGAAGUCGAAGAAGAAGAAGAACGUGAUAAAAAUGAACUUGAUGAAGAUGAGCUUGUCGAAGUCGAAGUCGAAGUCGAAGUCGAAGGCGAGGAAGAAGUAGAAGAAGAAGACGAAGAAGAAGAAGGGAUUGUUGUGCUGGCGCGGGACAGACGCGUUUUACUUCUAAAAUGGGAACCAGCAACACACCCCACAAAGGAACAACACAGGCAGGUUCUACUGACUGGGUAG